AGGUGUGAGAACAAAGGAAGAGUUAUGAACAUUUUGCAAUGGCAUCAUCAUCAUCAUCAUCAUCAUCAAUGACCUCCUUAAAGCUAAACGCGGUGCCAAUAUCAAACCCUAACGACACCACCGCGAAGAAGGCCGAGACUGUUGAUCUCGGAAACGGAAGCGACGUCGUAUUCAUUCAGAGGUUAAUACCUUCUGAUCAAUCAUGGAAAUGGUUUCAUUACCUCGACAAACACAUUCCAUGGACAAGACCCACCAUUCGUGUCUUCGCUAAAUCUUUCCUUCAGCCUCGAGACACAUGUUAUGUUGCAACUCCAGGGUUGACUGAGUUGAGUUACAGUGGAUAUAAGCCGCAUGCAUAUUCAUGGGAUGAUUAUCCACCACUUAAAGACAUCUUGGAUGCUGUACAUAAAGCUCUACCUGGAAGUAGUUUUAAUAGCUUACUCUUGAAUAGAUAUAAGGGUGGUAAUGACUAUGUUGGUUGGCAUGCUGAUGACGAGAAGCUUUACGGACCAACUCCUGAAAUUGCUUCUCUUUCUUUAGGAUGUGAUCGUGACUUCGUUUUGAAAAAGAAGCCGAGUAAAAAACCUCGCGAUGGAAGUGAUGAACCUGCGAGCAAGCGAUUAAAGAAGAGCAGCGGCCAUGAUGAUCAACAUACUUUUAGACUUAAGCAUGGAUCCCUUUUGGUGAUGAGAGGCUAUACACAACGAGAUUGGAUUCACUCUGUACCAAAACGUGCAAAAGCGGAAGCAACACGCAUUAAUCUUACCUUUAGGCGAGUUUUUUGAUCUGUAGGUGGAAUGUCUUGUUUCUGUGACUAGUAGAUAUGGAAAUUAUGAUGUUUUAGGAUGAUAUAACUUAAUGAAUUUGACUCUUCUUGAGGUUAUAAUACAAGAGUUAACUGUAGUACAAUA